CCCAAUUGGCCCGCCCCUAGCCUUGGCUCACUUUAUCUUGGGCAGACCGGAACCUACCCUCUCCAGGGACUCCCGCCGUCUUCCUGGCUGAGUGGAUCCUGGCACCUUUGGAGGGGUGGCCACAGAAGGUCAGGAGGGGUGCUAGGUGGAAGGGGCCAGAACUUUCUCUGUCUCCCACUUCUAGUGCCCUGAUCUGCGGGUACCAGCGUCUGUGUUGGGAGUUCCUUCCGGACUUCGAAAAGCAGCCUCCCAGCCUCUUAAGCACUACUUACUCCCCUUCGCCAAGAAACAGCCCAGCAAGGGGCGCCUGGCAGAGCCAUGCUUUACAACGUCAGCCACAGCAAAGGUAUGGUCUAUUCAGAUACAGCCCUGAAGGGGCAGGAUAGGGACAGAGAAGGAGUGUGGGUAGGAGCUGAGGGAGCCCUGGCCCCCAACACCUCCUCCCUGUUUCCCCCCGAGCCUCCAGGGGCCUCAAGCAACAUCAUUCCUGUCUACUGUGCUCUCCUAGCUGCUGUGGUCCUUGGUCUGCUUGCCUACGUGGCCUUUAAAUGUUGGCGCUCCCAUAAGCAAAGACAACAGUUGGCCAAAGCUCGGACUGUAGAGCUGGGGGACCCUGACAGGGACCAGAGACACGGUGACAGCGGUGUCUUCGUGGACUCUCCUCGUGGUAUGGAGCCCUGUAUCCCCAGCCUGGGACUGCAUCCUGACCUUGGCUGCCGACUUUACCUGCAUCUUCCGCAGCAGCAGCAAGAGGAAGUCGAGCGGCUCUUGACGUUGGGUGAGCCUGCCAAGGGCUGGCAGGGGCUGGCAGGCCACCUGGGCUACCAAGCUGAGGCUGUAGAAACCAUGGCCCGUGGCCAGGUGCCAGCCUAUACCCUGCUAAGAGACUGGGCUGCCCAAGGAGGCAGUCGAGCUACUAUCAGAGUGCUAGAGGAUGCCCUGGCUGCCAUAGGCCGAGAAGAUGUGGUCCAGGUUUUGAGCUCAUCGGCUGAGGGCUGCUCUGUGGUGUGAGUGACACUUCCCAGUGCUGCCUGCACCUGCAUUCAACAUUGUCACCGCCUCCAAUCUCCGUCACCAGCUUCCCAGUUCUUCUAGCUUCAGCCUGCUCUGUUGUGGCAGAACACAGAAGAUCCAGCCACUUCAUCUCUUUUCCCCUUCCUUUCCAACAGGAACAGGAACAUAGGGGGGAUGGGUAAGAGGGUGGGGCAUGGCACUGUCCAUAGAUCAAUUCUGCCUCUAUUAAGCUCCAGAUAUUUUUUCUAUUAUUUUUUUAAAAUCACAUAUUAAAGGCACCU